UAAUGUAAGUAACUCUCAAGUUCAUUUUGUGAGGUGUAAUAAAUUGUCUUUAUGCUCUCCUUUUAGGCUCUCCAUCCGCGACAAUAAUAUGUAAUUGAUCUCAUUUCUCAUCACAUGAGAAGAACGUCUCACCUUGUUCAACAAUUUUGUCCAACAGGACCAACUGCCCUCCUUAUCCUCUAUUUAUCACAUCACUAGGAUACUAAAAGUUACACAACAUCAAGCUCGAAGGGUAGUUAUUCAAGGCCAUUUCAUCAGGCCUUCGGCUUUUCAAUUGUUCCGAGUCUACAUUAUUCACAUCUAUCAUUCUCAACAUUUGCGGUACCCUCACAGGAGUAGCCUGUUCCAACUGAUACCUUCGUGAUUGAUGCUGAAGCACUGAUCAGUGCCCUUGUUGAAACCUCUGGACCCCAACGUCGGCUCGUCUCCUAUUGAAGCUGCCGCUGACUUGGAAUGGUGCCCAUGUAACAUCUAAGGUAUUUUUGCCCAUCAUCAGGCGCUAAAAUAUCAGAAUCGAAUACCUGUAAUUAAUCCAACACAUAAAUAUUGGAGCCUAAGAAGCGUCUCUCCUCACCACAGACGAAUCAUUUUAAGCGAUAAAGAUCUCAAGCAUGAUGGCAAAAAAUGUGGAUCGCAAAGAUGAUGCUCCUGCUGAGCUGGAGAGUCAGUUCAUCCUCCGGUUACCGGAAGAACCUGCCAAAGCCUUGAGAGAAGCCCUACAAGCAGGUGUUAGUCUAAAAGACCGACUUAGCAUUAAGUUAGAGAAUGAUGUGCGUUAUGGAGAAGUACGGAUGGAUCACUGGGUCAUGCACGCAAAGGUUGUAGAUUUACCAACUAUUGUUGAAUCGCUAAAAACUAUAGACAACAAGAGUUUUUACAAGACCGCAGACAUAUGCCAGAUGAUGAUCUGCAAGGAAGAGGAGGAUGAACCUACAGACGAAGAGUCCCCAUCAAAAGCUAAGAAAAAGGACCCGUACAAAGUCGAAAAGAAAUAUUUAUGGCCUCAUGGUAUCACCCCUCCUAUGAAGAACGUGCGUCGGAGAAGAUUCCGGAAAACAUUGAAGAAAAAGUUUGUUGAAGCUCCAGAAAUUGAGAAAGAGGUAAAGCGACUGUUGAGAGGAGAUGGUGAUGCUGUUAACGUCAAAUGGGAGGUGAUAACGGAAGAAGACGAGAAAGCUAAAGCACUCGGAGCAACAGUGAAAGAAGAGCCACUUCUACAAGGAACCGCACAUAAUACCAAUUCAAUGUCUCAAAGUAAUAUUGACACAGUCGCUGAACAUGAUAUCUUCGGAGAGGAAGUCAGUGAUUCUGAGGAAGAAGAUACCAACAUGAACAUGCUAGACAUGGAAGACACUAGCAGACUAUCUGCUGAUGAUAGUCGGAGUCGAUUAUCAGACACUGCUUCAUUUCAGGGUCAAUCAGAAACUUUAAAUCAACCCGGCCUUGUCACACAAUUUUUCAAGGAGAUGUUCCCCCCUAAAAAUGAAAUGUUUGAUGCUGACUCAAAUCCUGGCUUCAAAGCUGAAAGUAGUAGAGGCUAUGCAUCCUCUGAAUUUAAUCCCAGUUAUAAAUCCGAGCCAACGAAUUAUGACUAUGAUGUUUUCAAAGGUGACUUAUCGCAGUCUGCAGACGAGGAUAGUCCUAGUAAUCAACUUUCAACUGAAACUGUUCGAAAUAGGUUGAAUGUAUUAGAGCAGGAAUUGGCUGACCUGAAAACGAAACGACAGCAGCAAGAAUUGGAAAUUGCCCACAUUGAAAAUCAGGCUCUUCAGCAAAGGUUCCAGGAAAUUUUGGAUAACUUGGUCACUGAACAAUUAGACAAAGAACAAGAGUACCAAGAGCUUUCAAAUUUCCUACAGCAGUCCGAGGAUUAAAAGGAAAAUGUUUUGAACUCAUGCUCACAUUAGUUUUGUCUUGAAUUUGCUCCUGCGUUGUGUUAUUGAUUAAUUGAGUCUUACUACUUAUUUAAGGAUUUUUUGUUGUCAGUUUAAAAAAAGGAAGGAAAAAAUAAAAAAUGCAAGUAAAAAUA